CGUCAUCGCUUCACCCAUAUUUGGGUUUCAUUAAAUUUUGCGCAGAACAAUUUCUUCUUGUAAAGAACGUUGGAAGAUUCUUCUUGUACAAACAGGGACUAGUUUACACAAGCCAGCCUGCGUCCAUUUUCUCCACAUGGUCCUUCCAUUUCUUUUUUUUGUCUUGGACUACUUGACCACGUCUUGUACAUUUGUUUGAUUAAUUUGGUCUGUCUAUCUCUUAGUGGCUUCCUUGUUUCUACUUUCUACUCAGUAUACGCCAGAUUUUUUCAUCCCUGAGUUGAUGCCGCCGUAAUAUUGCUCUUCUGAUUACAAUCAAAUUGGUACCAAAGUUGCUGUUUAAGCAUUGUAUUUCCUUAUUCACUUUCAACUAGUUAGAGUUGUAUUUAGUGUUUAACUACGUUAGAAUCAUGGGUCAAAACAGUGAUGAUUAAAAUAAAUGGGACACAUUUUAUUUAAAUUUUAUUUUAUACUCAAUCCUUUUUCCAGAAAUCUACCACUAUUGAGUUAUCUAUAUCCGCAGACGUCAAAUAUUGUAGAAAAAUUUAUUGACAAUCUAAAUAUCUAUGAAUUGUCAGUAAUUUGUUUUGGGUGGAAGUAUCAUGUCAUAAUCCUUUUAAAUGAAAAUUUCGUUUUAACAUUUUUAUUCAAAUAUUAAUGGUCAUUUUGUGAAAUUUUAAGUACACAGUAAUAAUGCCGAAAAAUAUAGGACCCGGACCUGGAGCUUACAUGCUCCCACCAACGGUUGGUUACCCACAUCACGAUGCAUCACGGUAUCGCAAUCCCGAAUACAGUAUGGGAAUACGUUUGGGCGGAAAUAAACAAGCAAUCGGUCCUGGUCCAAAAUAUGAAAUAUCAAAGGUUACAAAAUAUGGAAAAAUAACGGAUCCAGCAUACAGUAUUGGUAUGAAGCUGAAAACGCAGGGUGCUUUUAAGCCACCUGGCCCGGGAGCAUAUAGCCCAGAACUUUGUCCGCGCAUGAAAGAACCUAGACCUCCAGCAUAUAGUAUAGCAGCAAGGACUAAAGGUUUCCAACCGUUUAAUACACCAGGUGCUAACCAAUAUCCAUUGCCCAGUACGCUUGGGCCUAAAGUACCAAAUCUACGAGCAUCUGCAGCUUAUACUAUUGCUGGAAAAUUUGGUUUCAAAGGAUCAGAGCAAUCACCUGGACCCGCUCGAUAUGGAGAAACGAGGGCAACCAUAUACAAACCUGCCCCACCAAGAUAUACAAUGGGUGUUAAGACGCAAGCGGUUGUCAAGCCGUGCGGUCCAGGACCGGCCGCUUACUUGCCGAAAUUGGGACGUUGCACCCUUGCACCUGGUUUCUCAUUUGGGCAUCGUACAAGUAAUGAUCCGUAUAUCACGGCAGGGGAUGAUAUGCCAUGCAAGAAUUGAUGGCAGCAAAUCACUACAUUAAUUUGAUAUGAAACACCAACUAAAAUAAAUUAAAAAUUUUUAAAAUGAAUUAUGACCUAUCACAUUUAAUUUAAAUGUAUAUUAUAUGUUAGGGUUUGUCACGCGAAUACUUUUUGUAACUAGAUAUGUAUGUAAUAAAAGAACAGUGAUAUUUGUACAACAAUA